AAAAGCAGUGCUGUAAAGGAGAGUAGAAUGCAAAACACAAAACAAAUCAAACUAAAGUAAAUAGGAAAAAAGGCUAAAUACAAGGACUUAAAGAUAGCUGCGCUCAUUAUGACAUCCUCAAUGGAUGAGGACACAACUAUUAAUCCACCCACAACCAGCGAUGAGGACCCGCUGGCCGAGGAGAGACUUGGACUUGUGCGGGAGGUUGGCGCCCAAGCUGUAUGGAGUCUGUCUUCCUGUAAGCCGGGAUUCGGCGUGGAGCGGUUGCGAGACAACAUCAUGGACACCUAUUGGCAGUCCGAUGGACAAUUGCCGCACCUGGUCAACAUACAAUUCCAUAAGCGGACAAACAUCAGCCAGAUCUACAUCUACACCGAUUACAAGCUGGACGAGAGCUACACACCCUCGCGCAUCUCCAUACGAUCGGGCACUAACUUCAACGAUCUGCAGGAGUUGCAAGUGAUGGAUCUUUCAGAGCCCACCGGCUGGGUGCAAGUGCCCAUCAAGGACGGCAAUGUGAAGUCCAUACGCACAUUCAUGCUGCAAAUCGCAGUCAUUUCGAAUCAUCAAAACGGCCGGGACACCCACAUGCGUCAGAUUCGCAUACAUGCCCCCGUCGAGGGCAAACACUAUCCCCUGGAGCUGUUCGGUAAGUUCGGAACUGUGGAUUUCCAGAAGUUUGCCACCAUUCGUUGAGGGAGAACCAAUCCAAUCAUGACGAGUUAGAGGUUUUAUAAUUAUGUAUUUUUGUGUAUUUUACUGCUAAAAUGCAACUUUUAAAAGGUUACUUUAGUACUUUUGUAUGCAUAUUUUUGGUGUUUCUAAUUAAAUGCCCAUCACUGUAUACAUAAAUCAAUUGCAAUUUAAAUAUACCAUCGUUUAAGCUUAA